AUGGCAGGCGGACCAUCUUUGGCUUCUUCGGGAGCAAUUCUAAUCGUUGCAAUCCUAGCAGCCUUCUUUUACGCUGCAGAGCUGCCUCGAGCCAAGGUCGUCCUCGGCUUUGGACGAAGGCAAAACCGCACCGUCAUCACGAACCCCAACGACUUCCAUGCCAUUCCCGACACCGUCCACUGCGAGGACCUUCACUACCACGAGCCCAGCAACCUCCUGUUCACUGCCUGUGAAGACACCGAGGACACUCGCUAUGCCUGGUUUCCCCCUCUGGCGCACUUGGAUGACCCCAACGUCGGCCUCAAAGCACAGGGCAGCAUCAAGAUCAUUGACCACGGUACAAUGAAGGCCAAGAAGCUCAAGUUCACCAACUUCAACGGCCCCUUUGUUACUCACGGCAUUGACGUCAUUGACGACCCCGACAAGCCCGAGGGCAAGGCCGUCUACAUAUUCGCUGUCAACCACCUCCCGAACCCAGCGUACAUGGACAACAGCGAUGCGAACGAACCUAAGGCACGCUCCAUCAUCGAAGUCUUCUACCAUGACAUUGGCGACGAUACCGUCGAGCACAUUCGCUCCGUGUGGCACCCGCUCAUUACGACGCCCAACGACAUUGUCGCCAUGUCGCCGACUUCCUUUUUCGUCACAAACGACCAUUUCUACAGGGACGGCGUCAUGCGCGACAUAGAAAACGCCUUCUUCGGCGCGAAGUGGUCCAAUACAGUCUACGUCGAGUUCGCCGAGCUCGCCGACGGCUCGUUCCGCGACAGCGAUCGUCAAGUCAAGGCUUCGGUCGCGCUUCGUGGUUUGCACAACAACAAUGGCCUUGGUCACGGUCCAACGCCGUCCGAGAUUUUCGUCACCAGCGCCGCCAGCGGCAGGGUUCACAUUGGCGACAUCGUCUCCCAAGAGAAUGGCGACGCGUCCCCGCGCAUCACCAUCAAGCAGUCUGUAGACUUCGAUUCAUUGGUGGAUAACCCGAGCUGGUUCCGCGAUCCCUAUGCGAACUCGACCUACGAUGCGAGCCGUCUUGUUGUACCUGGUCUGACACGAGCUGUUGACCUGCCCAAGAGCCAGCGUGGUCCUAGGGGAGCAGACGGCGUCAUGGUAUGGACGGCGACUCCCUCCCGUCGUGAUAAGACUGUCGGCGUUGGCAACAAGGAGACGUGGAUGAAGCAGCUUGUCUUUGAGGACGAUUCGACCCGAAUCCGAACCGCAAGCGCUGCUGUUUUAGUUGCCAUUGAUCCGGCCCAAGAGAAUGGUCAGCGCAAGGCCUGGUUAUUCGUGACUGGAUUUCUUUCAACCAGCGUGGGAGCAGUCAAGAUUGCCUUGUGA